UGAGUUUACGAAGUCCAGCCUGUGAGCCGGUUACUGGUUUACAGUUCCACAAUCUUCAGUUCUUCAGGCCUCAGCAAAAGUUUAAUGUGUUAUUUUCAUGAAUUGAGUUAUAUGAAAUGUAGACAUUUCAGCCACUGUAAUGUUUUGAUAGUAUCUGUUUGCCCGUAUGUGGUAAUUAAUUAAUUUAUUUUCAGUCAUUAGCUAGCUAGCUAAAUCAGUUGAAAUUGAAUAGGCCGCCAUCUUGGAUGCGCAACCGUACAGGUACCAGUAUGGUGGACAAGAAUAUAUACAUUGUUCAAGGAGAGAUCAGUACUGUAGUGGGUGCCAUUAAGAGGAAUUCUAGAUGGAGCACCCACACUCCUUUGGAUGAAGAACAAGAUCCACUGCUCAACAGCUUCAGCCACCUUAAGGACAUACUCAACAAUAUUAAAGAGCUGUCGGAGGUGGAGCCCAAUGUGUUCCUGCGGCCCUUCCUGGAGGUGGUACGAUCCGAGGACACCACCGGGCCCAUCACCGGCCUGGCCCUCACGUCCGUCAACAAGUUCCUGUCCUACAGCCUCAUAGAUGCCAACCAUGAGGGGGCGGCAGAGGGGAUCGAGAACAUGGCCGACGCCGUGACCCACGCCCGGUUUGUGGGGACGGACCCCGCCAGCGAUGAAGUGGUGCUGAUGAAGAUUCUCCAGGUCCUGCGGACGCUGCUGCUCACGCCGGUCGGAGCCCAUCUGACCAACGAGUCGGUGUGCGAGAUCAUGCAGUCGUGCUUCCGCAUCUGCUUCGAGAUGCGACUCAGCGAGCUGCUGAGGAAGUCGGCGGAGCACACGCUGGUGGACAUGGUGCAGCUGCUCUUCUCCAGGUUGCCGCAGUUCAAAGAGGAGGCCAAAAGCAUUGUGGGGGCCAACAUGAAGAAGAUCCCAUCUUGUGUCCUGGACAAACAGGAUCUAAUUUGUGCAGAGCAGCCUAAACACACCAAUCAGAGGGGAUUAGAGAGGCUGAAGAUGCGCGCGGGAGGAAUGAGCGAGUCGUCCAAGUGGAAGAAGCAGAAGCGCUCGCCCCGCCCCCCGCGUCACAUGGUGCGCAGCCCCUCGGGCGGGUCCGAGCCCGGGGGCCCCGGGGCGCUUAGCAACAACCUCUCAGGUGGCGUGCCCUUCGUGGAGCAGCAGUCCCCAGGCCUCUCGGUGUCCGACAGCGUCUCCUCCAUCUCCAGCCCCACCGCGGACAGCGGCCUGGAGGCCUCCUCCAAGACCACCUCCAAAGAGGACCUGACCGACCUGGACCAGAGCAGCUCCACCGCAACCACCCCGGCCACCACGCCUUCCUCUGAGCUGGCCCGACUGGACUCUCAGCAGCCCGAGGGGCGGCCGGUGGAGCAUGCCCAGUCGGCCUCGGUGGAGUCCAUUCCCGAGGUGCUGGAGGACAGGGACUCGGUGGCGGAGCAGUCCGACUCGGCCUCGGUCCACGACAUGGACUACGUCAACCCCAGAGGAGUGCGCUUCACCCAGUCCACUCAGAAAGACGGAGCAGCCCUGAUCCCGUACGGCCUGCCGUGUCUCCGGGAGCUCUUCCGCUUCCUCAUCUCGCUCACCAACCCGCACGACCGGCACAACUCUGACGUGAUGAUGCACAUGGGGCUGCAGCUCCUGACCGUGGCCUUGGAGGCCGCGCACAUCGCCCCCUACCAGUCGCUGCUGGGACUGAUCAAGGACGAGCUCUGCAGACACCUCUUCCAGUUACUAAAUGUGGAUCGUAUGAAUUUGUAUGCUGCUUCUAUACGAGUGUGCUUUCUGCUUUUCGAAAGCAUGAGGGUACAUCUGAAGUUUCAGCUGGAGAUGUAUCUGAAGAAACUGACGGACAUCAUUACCUCUGAAAAUGCCAAAAUGCCGUACGAGAUGCGGGAGAUGGCCCUGGAGGCGGUGGUUCAGCUGUGGAGGAUCCCCAGCCUCGUCACAGAGCUCUACAUAAACUACGACUGUGAUUACUACUGCUCCAACCUGUUUGAAGACCUCACCAAACUGCUCUCCAAGAAUGCCUUUCCUGUUUCUGGCCAGUUGUACACCACUCACCUUCUUUCGCUGGAGGCCCUGCUGACUGUGAUUGACAGCACCGAGGCCCACUGUCAGGCCAAAGUGCUCAACAGCACGGCACAGCAGGACCAAUCGGACACACUCAUGGCGGAGGAGGAGGGUACGGUCAUCAGUAGCCCGGACACCCCCAGUGAAGCUGAUGGGCUGGCCGACUCUGGCAGUGUGCAGAACGGCCUGGAGUUGGAGAGCCUGCCUGUGUGCCCACCGACCAGCGGGCACCUGAUGGCCCAGAAGAUGAACCUGGGCAGACAGGACCAGGAGGAGCCGGACCCUGCUGAGAAGAAAGCACCGGCAAAGCCUCAACGUUUUUCUUGCUGUUUACCGGACUCUCAGGAACUUUUGGAGAUAAAAAACAAAAAGAAGCUGUUGAUCACGGGCACGGAGCAGUUUAACCAGAAGCCCAGGAAGGGGAUCCAGUUCCUGCAGGAGAAAGGCCUCCUCAGCAGCCCCAUGGACAACGGGGAGGUGGCCCAGUGGCUCCGCGAAAACCCCUGGCUGGACAAGAAGAUGAUCGGGGAGAUUGUGAGCGACCGCAAGCACAUGGAGCUCCUGGACAGCUUUGUGAACACUUUCGCCUUCCAGGGCCUGCGGAUCGACGAGGCCCUGCGUCUUUACUUGGAGGCGUUCCGUCUGCCUGGCGAGGCCCCGGUCAUCCAGAGACUGUUGGAAACCUUUACUGACAACUGGCAUAAAGUCAAUGGGUCUCCCUUCAUGACGAAUGACGCUGGGUUUGCCCUGGCCUACGCCAUCAUCAUGCUGAACACCGACCAGCACAACCACAACGUGCGCAAGCAGAACAUCCCCAUGACCGUGGAGCAAUUCAAGAAGAAUCUGAAAGGUGUGAACGGAAAUAAAGACUUUGACCAGGACAUGCUGGAAGAUAUCUACAACGCAAUCAAGAACGAGGAGAUCGUGAUGCCGGAGGAGCAGACGGGCCUGGUGAAGGAGAACUACAUGUGGAGCGUCCUGCUGCACCGCGGCGCCACGCCCGAGGGCGUCUUCCUGCACGUCCCGGCCGGCAGCUACGACCACGACCUGUUCUCCAUGACCUGGGGCCCCACCGUCGCCGCCCUCUCCUACGUCUUCGACAAGAGCCUCGAUGACGUCAUCAUUCAGAAGGCCAUCGCCGGCUUCAGGAAAUGCGCAAUGAUAUCGGCACAUUACGGAUUCAGUGACGUGUUUGAUAAUUUGGUCAUUUCCCUCUGCAAGUUUACAACGCUGAGCAGCGAGUCAGUGGAGAACCUGCCCACCGUGUUCGGGGGCAACGGCAAGGCCCAGGUGGCUGCCAAGGCAGUGUUCGGCCUGGCCCAUCGCCACGGCGAUAUCCUGCGCGAGGGCUGGAAGAACAUCAUGGACUCCAUGCUGCAGCUGUUCCGCGCCGAGCUCCUGCCCAAGCCCAUGGUGGAGGUUGAGGACUUUGUAGAACCCAGCGGAAAGAUAUCCCUCCAGAGAGAAGAGACGCCCUCCAACCGGGGCGAGUCGGCCGUCCUGAGCUUUGUGAACUGGCUGACGCUGAGCGGCGCGGAGCAGUCCGGCCUGCGGGGGCCCUCCACCGAGAACCAGGAGGCCAAGCAGGCAGCCAUACUGUGCAUCAAGCAAUGUGACCCAGAGAAGCUGAUCACCGAGAGCAAGUUCCUGCAGCUGGAGUCUCUACAGGAGCUGAUGAAGGCUCUCAUCUCGGUCACCCCAGACGAGGAGACGUACGAUGAGGAAGACGCUGCUUUCUGUCUGGAGAUGCUGCUGCGUAUUGUUCUGGAAAACAGGGACCGCGUGUCGUGCGUGUGGCAGACGGUGCGGGACCACCUGUGCCACCUGUGCGUCCACGCCACGGAGAGCUGCUUCCUGGUGGAGAGGGCGGUGGUGGGGCUCCUGCGGCUGGCCAUUCGGCUCCUCCGCAGGGAGGACAUCAGCUCCCAGGUGCUGCACUCCCUGCGGCUCCUCCUGAUGAUGAAGCCUCAGGUGCUGUCGCGGGUGAGCCGCGAGGUGGCGUACGGGCUGCACGAGCUGCUGAAGACCAACGCCGCCAACAUCCACUGCAGCGACCACUGGUUCACCCUCUUCUCCCUGCUGGAGUGCAUCGGGGCGGGCGUCAAGCCCCCGGCCGCCCUGCAGUUCCCCGCCAGCCCGGACAACGACACGGGAGCCCAAUCGGACAGCGAGCUGUCGUCCUACCACGCCAGCGAGGUCAGCCUGGACCGCGGCUACACCUCGGACUCUGAGGUCUACACCGAACACGGCAAGUCCAGGAUCCCUCGCUCCAUCACGGACAUGGACGUGGCCAGCAGCGGAUGGCUGGUGGUGGGCAAAGACGACCUGGAGACGAGCAAGCUGGCAGCCCCCGGCUCCAAGCCCCUGACCUCGCCCCUCGUCAACCAGUACAGCCUGACCCUGGGCCAGGACAUGGGUCUGCAUGACACCAAGUCCCUCAUCAAGUGCGUGGAGUCGCUGUCCUUCAUCGUCCGAGACGCCGCCCACGUCACGCCCGAGAACUUCGAGUUGUGCGUCAAGACCAUCCGUGUCUUCGUGGAGGCCAGCCUGAACGGAGGCUACAGGACCCACGAGAAGAAGAAGAGCCACAAGAACGACUCCAAGUCCAGCCGGCUGCGCAAGAAGCCGCGGGAGAAGGAGGGGGCGGCGCGGCGGACCCGGGCCUCGAACCAGCGGCCCUCCCGCUCGCACAGCGACGACGAGGAGGACGAGGGCGUGCCCGCCAGUUACCACACGGUGUCUUUACAGGUUAGUCAAGACCUGCUGGACCUGAUGCACACCCUGCACACGCGUGCUGCCAGCAUCUACAGCUCCUGGGCUGAGGAACAGCGACACCUGGAGGCCGCAGGCAGGAAGAUCGAGGCCGACUCCCAGACACUGUGGUCCAGCUGCUGGUGCCCGCUGCUGCAAGGCAUCGCCUGGCUCUGCUGUGACGCCCGCCGUCAGGUACGCAUGCAGGCGCUCACCUACCUCCAGAGGGCGCUGCUGGUCCACGACCUGCAGACGCUGGACGCCGUGGAGUGGGAGUCCUGCUUCAACAAGGUGCUCUUCCCUCUGCUGACCAAGCUGCUGGACAACAUCAGCCCUGCGGACGUGGGGGGCAUGGAGGAGACCAGGAUGCGGGCCUGCACCCUGCUGUCCAAGGUGUUCCUGCAGCAUCUCUCUCCUCUGUUAUCCCUGCCCACGUUUGCGGCCUUAUGGCUCACCAUCCUGGACUUCAUGGAUAAAUACAUGCACGCUGGGUCCAGCGACCUGCUGCUGGAGGCCAUCCCGGAGUCCCUGAAGAACAUGCUCCUGGUGAUGGACACGGCCGGGAUCUUCCACAGCGCUGACUCGCGCACAGGCUACUCCCACCUGUGGGAGAUCACCUGGGAGCGCAUCGACUGCUUCCUGCCCCACCUGCGCGAGGAGCUCUUCAAGCAGUCCAUCAUGCCAGAGCCUGUUCCAGCAGACAGCCCCCAGCCUCCAGCCCCCUGUUCCCCCUCCCCAGUGCCAGCUGCCCCCGCAGAGCCAAAAACCCCCAGCCGAUCAGAGUCUCCCCAGGAACCACCUCCACCCAGUGCCAACGGGACGGACCGGUCGUCUCCAGUGCCCCCCUCCACGCCGCCCAUCCCCGUCCCCAUGAAGAUGAGCCCCGGAGACGCCCCUCCGCCCAUGAGCCAGUCCCCCCUCAUCCUGCAGCCCCUGGCCUCCGCGCUGCAGGUGGGCGUCCCGCCCAUGUCCCUGCCCAUCAUCCUCAACCCCGCCCUCAUCGAGGCCACCUCACCCGUGCCCCUUCUGCCCGCCCCCCGGCCCACCGACCCCACAGACGGCUCCGAAGUCAAGUAGAGCAGCGCCGCCCCCCCCCCCGGCGUGCCAGUAAAGAGUUUAUCAUCCUCUGCCACACAGGAAGUGAUGCCUCAGUACUUCCUGUCAGGGCAACUAUAGACUAGACUUGCAUGGCCAUUUGGAGUUUGUCCUCUCUCGCCCCCCCCUACCCCCGAGCUUUGACCCUCAUCCUGCAGUGUGAUCCCUCCGGCUCCGGUGAUGCGAUCUGUGCUGAGCUUUCUGUUAUUUACGUUUAAAAAUCACCGCCCCUCAAAUACCACACUCUCAACGCCAAGCCGCUUCUGCACAUUCUGUCACGCGUAAAUAAUAAUGUAUUAAAUAUCAUGCCCGUCGAAAACAAGGACAGCCUCAUACCAAUUAAAUCAUGCCUGGUUAACUCCUUAAAAUGAUGAAGAUUUAGGGGGAAAAUACAGUUUCAAAGAUGUAAGAAUUAUAUACAAUUUUAUUAGUAUGUGUGAGCUUUUGCAUUUCUUCUGAGAUUUCUGGAAGGGAGUUCCCAUCGAAUCCUUUUUUUGGUUGUGGCACUGCAUGUUGUCUAACAUAUGUACAGAAGCCUGACCACAAAUGGACAGGAAGCAGUCUACCAAGUGGUAGGGCACUGACUGAGGAAGGGAGACGACUCCUCUACAUAUCGAACUGUUACAUCUCUUGGAGCUUUACAAAUGUAAUUGUAUAGAAAAAUAAUAUUAUAGCUAAUUUAUAUAUUUUGAAAAAAAAAACAAAAAAAAAGGAAGUCUUUGGUUUAAUUGGGAUUUUUUAAGUUGCAUGAGUCCUAUAAGCCCAAAGUUCAGCUAAGAAGCAACACUGUUGGCCAACUAUUUAGGGGGGGGAAAUUCUUUCAAAGUAAAUUAUGUCUAAACUAAAAACAAGGCGGCUCAAUAGGGACUAUUAAUGGAUUACCGAACAGUACGAGAACACCCACUGGUGGCAGAGAUACGCUAGUCUUGGUAGAGCAAAACCAAGAUGCCAUUAUUAUUAGCCUACAUCUAGAACAUUCCAAAUAUUUACAGGUCACGCCAAUCUGUUGAAUGGCAGUUGUGUGUGUACAGAACUUGAUGUUUCUGAUUUUAUCGAUCAGGCUAGAUUUUUAUCAAGAGGUCUUAUUCAGAUUAUUUAAAGAGUAUAGUAUGGGAUUUAUUUUGUUAUGUACUUGGGGUGUAUUUGUCCUGUAAGUGUAACUGGGUGCACAGGUGUGGCUAUACAAGCCUACUGUACGACAAGGCUCCCAGCAGCCUAUAGGUGAGUUCAGUAGGAAACAAUCAGGCAAUGUUUUACUGUGUUGCUGAGAGGAAAGUCCAUAGAGGGGAAUUGCAGACUAGCUCUAGGUUUCUGCUCUUGUCAGUGUCCAUGUGGAAUGAGUUUGUCCAUUAAACUCACCCCAGUAGGUUAACUGAAUAAAUUAGUGCUUUCAUCACACAAGGCCUAACUAGAGGCUGCAGUAGUGAUGCCUGAGGGGGGUAGUACAAGCGUUUCUGUGUUUAACUUAUAAAUGUCUUGAGCUAUCAUUGGUUUGCGAAGCACUUCUCAUAUCCAUUCAUUUAAAUCCACAUGGGUGGAACUGUUAAUAUGCAAAUAAGGCCAUUUGAGUUUAAAUGAUAAUGAGAGAUGGUGAAAUGGGAACUGUAGGGAAAAACAAACCUGUGGUGGGUAAAACCCUUUGACUGACGAUCUGAAGUUUUGGGGGAAUUUCUUUUUAGACCAGGCCAUAUUUGGCUUGACGUAGUUUAUGUUAACGGCAGCACAUUCCCGUCCCCCUGAACUUGAUUGUGCAAGGUCUGUAGCUUGAGCCAGCAACUUAUGGAUACUCCAUAUAUGAAGGUUUCAUUCUGGCAGCAAUUAUAGUCUUUGUUCGUGUUCUUUUUCAAACACUGGAGAUGGCGUACUAGAAAGUAACUUUCCGAAGGCUACUAUCAAACUCUGACCUUUUCGUUGGAAUUCGAUUCGAUCUGCGCUUUGAAUCAUGCCGUUACCUUCCCCAUCCCUGACUUGGGGGCUCACUCAGUUUUAUUUAUGUAUGCAUUUGCUAACAGUUUUGUCGAAGCACAGGUUUAAACAGACAUCCAGGACUGGAAACCCUUUAGCCACUGCCUUAUAUUACACCACACAAAUGGGAAAGAGAUUUGUGCGACGGUAUGACACUAUGAAGUGGCACCCUUCUUCGGUCUUCGGGAGGGAUAAGCAUUUUGUACAACCCUACGUUCCUUUGUUGUACUGCAUUGUUAGAAAUGUCAGGAAUUAAUUCUGGAGUGACAGAAAAUUACAUGAAAAUAAUGUAUAUAUAAAUAAAUGGUAAUGUACUUUUUACAGUGUAAUAAAUAUAACGUCAAGA